AAUAUGACUUAAGCAUUUUUAACAGUGUAAGCGUAAAGCUAAAUAUUUCUUACCUGGAAUAUAUUAAUACUCUCAUUUAAUUGCCUUGCGGUGUAUUGAUAUUUGAUAUCUUACGUGGCUUUUAAAGUUUUGUAUUCAUUUUUGUUAUGAAUCGGGUGUAGUUCCCAUUUUAUAAUAUUCCAAGUGUUACUACGAUAUUUAUUUAUUUUCCAAUAUGUAUAUCAAAUAUAUUUUGUCACUCCUGAUUUUAUAUUUAUCUGUUGCAUCAGGACUGUAUUUUCAUAUAUCAGAAACAGAGAGAAAAUGCUUUAUAGAAGAGAUACCAGAUGAAACAUUAGUUGUGGG